AUGGUUGAUGCCUCAUGUGGAGGCUCUGUGAUGGUUAAGAAUGAAGAGGAUGCCUGGCAGUUAUUUGAAACUAUGAGCGAAGGGUCCCUGCAAAAUGUUUCUUUUGAGAGGAGAACUAAGUCAGUCAUUACUGGUUCUGAUAAGCCACGAGGUAUGUAUGAGAUUAAACCAUCUCAUGACCUCCAAUCUAAAGUAGAUGCACUGACUGAGAAAGUUGAACAGCUUCUCACCAAGGAAUUGGCCACCUCACAGCCUCCACCUUAUCAGGAGGCAUGUUCUUUAUGUGCUAGUCCGGCCCAUUAUAUUGUUGAUUGUCCUGCAGCACCACAAUUCCCUUUGUUUGUGCAAGAACAGGUUAAUGCUGCACAAGGGUAUGCCAAUGCGCAGGGUUUCUCCAAACUGGGUAAUGAUCCUUUUUCCACUACUUAUAAUCAGGGAUGGAGCAAACAUCCCAAUUUCUCAUGGAAGACGGAGCACCAGGGUAAUAGUUUCGCCCAGCAGCCUAGGCCAUUCAACAUGCAGUUUAACCCUCAAGUGCGCACCAACACACAGUCCAUCGCAAGGUUAGAGACCCAAGUGGGUCAAAUAGCCAAUGCACUCAAUCGUAGAGACGAAGGUAGGUUGCCCAAUCAGCCUGUCCAACCCCAUGGAGGACAGUUUGUGGUUCAUGACUCGCCUCCUGCUGAUGCUAAGGUAAUUAUGACUUUGCGUAAUAAGAGAGAGGUCGAAACCCGACCAGAGAAAGUGAAGCCGAAGGAGCAUUUGGCUCCCUCCAACCCCGAUGACUUUGGGAAGGAGAGUUCGCAGAGUAAAGAGGGAACCCCUCCAGUCACACCUGCAUCACCCACUUCUGUGUCAGCGGGCUCUAAGGUACCACCCUAUGUGCCUAAAGCCCCGUUCCCAUCAUGUUUGAAUGCACCAUCUCCCUUUCCUAAGAGAGGAGCAUCUAUGGAGGAUAUCCUUGAGGUUUUUAAGCAAGUCAAAGUAAACAUUCCUCUCCUAGAUGCGAUCAAACAAGUCCCCACUUAUGCUAAGUUUUUGAAGGACCUCUGUACUCAAAAGAGAAAAUGUAAAACCAAUGUAUCGAAAAAGGUCCUUCUCACUGAGCAAGUGAGCUCAGUGUUCCAAUCAAUUGCUCCCCCUAAGUUACAAGAUCCAGGCACCCCUACUAUUUCCAUAGGAAUAGGGAACCAUGUCAUUGAGCGAGCAUUGCUAGACUUAGGGGCUAGUGUCAAUUUGAUACCUUACUCGGUGUACGAACAAUUGGGACUUGGGGAGUUGAAGCCCACGUCGGUUACCUUACAAUUAGCUGAUAGAUCCAUUAAGGUGCCACGUGGAGUAGUUGAGGACAUUCUUGUUAAGGUUAAUGAUUUUUACUUUUCGGCUGAUUUUAUAGUCCUUGACACAGAACCAGUGCAAACCCUUAAACAAACUCCAGUUAUUCUUGGUCGUCCCUUCUUGGCGACGGCUAAUGCAAACAUUCAUGUGAGGAGUGGGGAGAUGGAGGUGACCUUUGGAAACAUGACCCUUAAGUUUAAUGUUUACAAGGCUGCAAAACCUUCUCCAGUGGAGGAAGACUGUUUUGCAGUUGAUGUCGUAGAGAACUUAGUGGAGGAGGCAUUGCCUUCUAUUUUGACUGAUGACCCAUUGGCCACUUGUUUGGCUCAUUUUGACUUUGAGAAUUUUGAUAUUGACCAGUCUAUUGAGGAGGUUAACACUUUACUUGGUUCCACACAUCAAAUGGCCACCCCUCCUCGACAAAUCAAAAUUGAGCCUACACCCACUCUUGUGGGUGAACCGCCCACUCCUUUUGUAAGGUCCCCAUUAGAACUUGGGCUAAAGCCUGUGCCGCCUAAAUCUAUGGCUUCAUGUGCUGAUUUGGUAGAUGCUAUUACAAUAGAUUAUGGACCUACGGAGUGUACUCAAAGUUGGGGGGUAGGUGGUUCUUGCAUAAACAUCCAUAGUUCCAAGGAAGAGAUGGAGAGCAAUGUGUCUUUUCCGGUCUUAAUUUUUAGGUUAGAGUUCCCAUCUAAUUUAACGGGAGGUGUGAUUCACUCGCCUAUUUUGAGAGUGAUUGACUCUGUUGGUGCCUCUGGGCCGUUUGCUUCUGCUUCGCGCUGGCUUUCAACUCCUUGGGAGAAACUUAUCCCGAAGAGAGUGAUCUGUUGA